AGUACUUGACAUUUCAACAAACUCAACGACAACUCAUCACAGCUGCCAAUCGCCUUUCCAACUCCGUCCGGUUUCUGGUCUGAAAUAGAAUAUGGCGGAGUCAGCUGUAGGUUUAGAAAGAAAACAUUCAAAUAGUGGGAGCCACGUAAAAGAAGACAGUGAAUAUGUUAGGCUAGUUAUAAACAACGAACCAGCAGUUAGCGAAACAUCAUUUACGUUGCAGUCGCCCCUAGAAACCAGACAAAGAGCCCUGAAAUGGUGGAUGAAUGCAUUUAUGUGGUGCAGUGUAUGUAUAGUAGUUCUCUUGGUCUUCAUAAAGUGGGGAGUUCCUUUUCUAUUCGAGAAGGUACUAGUACCUAUCUUAGAAUGGGAAGCCACGUCAUUUGGCCGUCCAGUGCUAGCACUCAUCCUUGUUGCUUCAUUAGCAUUUUUUCCGGUGCUUUUGAUCCCUUCGGCCCCUUCGAUGUGGCUAGCUGGAAUGAUCUUUGGAUAUGGUCUCGGUUUUGUUUUAAUCAUGAUUGGAACAACUGUUGGAAUGCUCCUUCCUUACUUGAUUGGUCUGAUCUUCCGAGACCGGAUCCACCAAUGGCUAAAAAAAUGGCCACAACAAGCUGAUAUUAUUAGAUUGGCUGGAGAGGGGAGUUCGUUUCACCAAUUUCAAGUGGUUGCGUUGUUUCGGAUUUCACCAUUUCCAUACACCAUCUUUAAUUAUGCAGUUGUAGUUACAAGCAUGAGAUUUUGGCCAUAUUUGUGGGGUUCAAUUGCAGGAAUGAUUCCGGAAGCCUUCCUCUAUAUAUACAGUGGGCGCCUUAUCAGAACAUUUGCCGAUGUCGAAUACGGGAACCAUCACCUAACUCCUGUGGAGAUCAUAGCGGACAUUAUUUCGUUCAUCGUUGCAAUCAUCACUACUUCUGCUUUCACUGUGUACGCGAAGAGAAAACUAAACGAACAGGCCGGAACUGGUGGGUCCCAAGGCUGCUCUACCACUGGCCCUGAUAAAUUUGAGAUGGAAAGACUCCCCCCUGAAAAACCUAAGCAAAGGAACAUCUCAUCCCAGUUGUAGUAGUUGAAGAAGAAGAAUUGGAACAAAAACUACUGUAUAUAGUUUUGAGGUUGUAAGAUUGUUCUUCCAAUUAAAGUCAGUUGUGUGUU